GCACUGGCUCUGACCCAUCACUGGGACAUCUCCAAGCUCUGUUCCCAUAGCUGAAUCUCUUCCCCAGAGACUCUCCAAGGGUAGACCAUCAGUACUGGAAAGAUGCUACUGUGGAAGACCACGCUUUGCCUGCAGAGGUCAACAUCAUCCAUAUAGACUGUGCUGCCAUAUCCCUUCCUGCUCCCAGGCCUGCUUCCAGCAGCAGCAGCUGAGCUACCAGCAAUAGCAACAGAAUGGCCAUGUUGAAAGGCCCAGUUCGCAUCGUUCCUCGAUGGCAGGACCUCAAACGCCAACUUAUGGAAAUGCUGGAGCUACAAAAGGGCAUGCCAGACACAACUGAAGGAGCCCACAUCUUGCUGAGUGACAGACCGAGCAUUGUAUUUCGGGAAAGUUGCUACCCAGAUUACAUGCCACCUAUCUUCUUACUCCAAUCAACUGAUACAGAAACCUACUUUACAUCAUUUACUUGGAGGAGAGCCAAGGGGAGCCAGGUGCGUGUCUGGCUAUACAACAUAGAGUAUGAGACCUCGGUGACAGAGAAAGAGUAUGCCGUCACAGCAGACCCCAUGGUCCUCAUGACUGCCCAUGUCACCCACCUGAACCUGCUUGUGGCCUAUUGCAACGACAUCCACUUGCGUUUCUUUGGGGACCACACUCAGAAGUUUACGCUGCUCUCAGAGAUGAGCUCGCCCUAUUCCAUCACCAGCAUAUGCUCCAACCCUGAGACAGGUGAAGUGGUGACAGGUGCCAUUGGCAUUGUGGCUUUCUGGUCUAUUGUCAUAGACGGAGUUCCUUCUAUGAAACUCGUGCAGGAGGUGUUAAUUGCGAGUGGUGAGUUUGUGCACUUCCUCAGAGUGGAGCCAGAGCGGAGAGCACUGGUGGCCUUGUGUGAGAACAACAUCCGUGUCUAUGACUAUCAAACCAAGGCCCAGAUCCGCACUUUCAAGGUCAGCCAAGGUGUGUCUCUCACUUGCUGCUCUGCUUUUUGGUCCCAGGGCUUCCUCUACACUGGAGACUUAGCUGGGGAUGUUAAGGUGUGGGACUUUGAUAAGGGGAGUCUGGUCAGUCAAUUCAAAGCCCACCUGAGUGCCAUUACCAGCAUAAUCAGCCGGACCUCCGUCCAUACCCUUAUGACCGCAUCACUGGAUGGGCUUCUGAAGGAGUGGAACCUUACUACUUGUGAACAGCUCCGGCGCGUUGACAUUGGGGAACAAGUUUUCCAGAUGCAGUUCAUCAAUGAGCAGACCUUCUUCCUCCGUACAAAGUAUACUUUUUCCAUCCGCACCGUCAACAACUUCUACCAACUCUUCAACAGGUCCCAAUCUAUCCUCAAGAAGCUGAUACGGGUGCAAUGUGGGCCAGACAAGGCACGCAUUCUGGCAGCUACAGAAGACGGGGUUAUCCGAUUCCUAUCUCCAGUUACAGGAGAGAUGCUGUUUGUCACCUGGCCUUUUCAGUUACUAGAAAAGGCACUGGACUAUGUUUAUGACCCUGACCGGGAGGAGCUGUUGAUAACAAUGGGCACAAAUGACAUCUAUGUCCUAGAUACAACCCAGAAUCCUUGUUCUGCCAAGUAUAUCUUGCGUGCCACAGACUCUGUAGACGACAAGGUACUAUGUUUGGCCUACAGCCGCCUGGACCUGAAUGGCCGCACUUCCAGUUUCAUUUUCAGUGGGUACAGGAGUGGAAAGGUACGCACUGUUACCCAGAAUUUGUAUCGAAUGGGGGCUCGCAGAAUUCACGAUGGCAACGUGGUGGCGCUCAGCAGCAUUUCAGCCUCCGGAAACUUCUCAUAUCAUUCACGGGAGUCUUCCUACCUGUGCUCCUACGGCAUUGAUGAAUACAUUGUUCUCUCCGAUGUGAUUUUAAAGAAGAACAGCCUUCUGGAGGUGGUACCUUUGGUUGCCAUUCCUAGCACCAACUGCAGGAUCAACCACCUCCUACUCAUUCCUGGCUACAUUUGUGUCCUCACAGAGCAAAACCGGGUUCGGCUAUGGCGCCAGGCAUCCCUGGUCCCUGGCAAAAAUAAUCCUUUCUGGAAAGAGACCAGUGCCAUGCAUUCCACGAGCAUCACCUCCUUUGACUACUGUCACACUCUCAGCAUACUGGUCACUGGUGGCUCUGAUGGCUCUGUACGCAUUUGGGACAUCCUGGGGCAGAUGUUAGUGGAGUUUGAUACUACCCUCAAAUUCAGCCGAGUCUGCUUUGCCAACCAACGGGGAGACUUGGUUGUGGGCUGCAACAUGAACAUCUAUUUCAUCCCAUGUAUCACAUACCUCCCCAACAAGUACCUUUCUAGGUUGGCAACUCAGUGUCUGAGCGAUGACAUCGUUGAACGCCCACUUCCCUUCUCGCCCCGCUUCUUGCUAACAUUCGACAUCGUUUUUGUGCCCAAGUAUCGUCAGGUGGGCAAGCAGGCAAAGAAGUUUGAACGUCUGGAACCCAUAACCAAUCACAAGGAGGUGGUGAUAGAGAAAAAUGUGGCUAAAGUGAUAGAGUUCAUUGGCAAGGAGGUGAGCAAUCUUCCCGGCCCUGAUUUCUAUGGACUUACACCUGGUGUAAAGGAGAUACUCCCAGAGUUUGCUGUGGAGUACCAAAUAGUUCCGCCAUCCUUUGAGAAGAAGCACGCCCCGGCUGAACCUCCACUAGCAUCACCUCCUUAUCGCGGGCUCCCACGAAUGUUGGAGCCUGUUCCUCUGCUCCACAGGUUAGCUUUUAAACCUGGACAGUCCUGGCCCAUUGCACCUGAUGGCUAUGUCCCCAAUUCAGUUAUCCGAGCCCGUCUAUUUCCAAAAGGGACUCCUACGAGCCUCACGUGCCCCUUGGUGUCAAGCAGGCAACCCUUGCCAACACGGAGGAUGGUCAAGAUACAAUUGUCAGAGUGGGAUACUUCAGAGGCUGUUGAGAAAGCCCGCAAGAAAAAAGCACAGAAGUUGAGGCGACAAUCCACCAUUGACGGACAUCGCCGCCGCGAUUUGCUGUCUGAUAUUGUGGCCAAAGCCUGGUUUAGGCACAAGCCCAGUGACACAUCACUGCCCAGUGUCAUAAAGGCCAUUCUAAACCUAAUGGACGAUGUGCCCUAUUCAACCUACCUGCUCUGUACAUCUGCCCUAGUCCAGCUUUCGGAGUCUUACGAGCUGCCAAGAAAUAUCCAAGAACAGGCCUUUGACCGUCUUAUACAGGACACUAACCACAAAGAGGUGAGGAUGAGGCUGGCAGCUUGGGAGGCCUUGGGGAAGAUGGACCUGUUGACUGACCAGGAGGUAGUCCCACUAGCCCGAGCCCUAUUGGAUGACAACAAAAAAUUGCGUGACCUCGCUCGGUCUCUACUUGACUCGGUUGCUGGCAUCACUGACAAAUUUGUCCUGAAGCAGGAGAUGCAGCGGCUGGCAGAAACUAGCCUAGACGACUUGGUUGAACUGAGCCGUUCUCACAUAGAACCAGUUUUCCCUCGAAGGGUGCGUGCUGCUGGUAUCGUUGCAGAUUCCCAUGAUGCAGCCAUCUAUGCCUUAACAGAAGAGGCUGAGAGGCUGAUGAAGCGGGUGGAGAAUCAGUUGACAGCCAAUCUGUUCCUGUUGACUGAGUGUCCCCCCAUAGAAACCCGCUCUGCCCGCCCGCCCCGUUUGCGACAUCGGUCCAUGUCUCAAGGAGCACCCGAAGAGUCUGCCAAGCCAGAUUCCCACUUGGAGGCCCAGACCCGGUGGCUGGGACUCUUUGCCAAGCAGGAGAAGAUAAAGGCGGCAGCAAGUGGAAAACAUAAGCGUGAAAAGCUUCCUAGGAUCCCGCAAGCGCACGGUAAGCCUGUGGUCCUGCCGAGUGGUGUGGCUGCACCAGAGGGGAGUCCCACUCCCAGCAGUCUCAGCAGCACUACCAGUGAUGUCAGCAGCAGCAGCAGCACUACCUCUAUCAUCAGUGAUACUGGCACCGGGAUUAGCAGCACCAUGUGGCAGGAAGCACAGCAAACUAAGAAGGAGAUCAAGACCAAGGAGAAACGGCAGAAGACUAAGGCCCCUCUUGCUACUUCCCAGGAGGCGCGAAAGGCACCCAAGGCAUCCAAGCGGAUGCAUCCCAUCCUCUUGCAGCGGCGUGACACCCGUACGCAACUCUACACUGAGAUGCUGAAGCAGAAAUUCAAGAAGGAGCAAGUGGCUGUCACUGCACCAGUGGAAACAAAACCAGAGGUCAGCCCUAUCCAGCCUAAACCCAGCCAGCCUUUGCUUCCAAGCCUGCCACCUCCACCUGUCAAAGGCAUCUUAAUUGACCCGCAGCAGCAGUACAGCACUGACCGGUCCAGGUGGCGCAAUGAUCUCUAUAAGCUGAUGAUGCUCCGAAUUAGCCCCGUAGGUGAGGGCCACACUGUAGCUGACGACCUCCUUUCCUCGGCGCGGAUUGCCCUGGCAGGCCGUACCAUGUCCUGGGAGGCCUUCACAAAUAUCAGCCAGUCCCUCCUAACCUCUCAGGAGAAAGGCACAGCAGAGUCUACAGGCUGGAAGAAGUACAUGGAUGAACUAUUCAAGGCCUCUUUCAAGGAUCUCAAGCCUUCCAUGGAAACAAUGGAAACAGUGUUGGAUGUGAAGAAGGAAGGACGCUUGCCUAGAGGUUCAGAGAGUGACAUUGAGAGUAGCGACAUCAGUCAGGAGGAUCUGGUUAGGGAGAGAAGAAAGGAAGGCAGAAUGAGAAAAGUAAGGGAAAGGGAGCUUGAACCUGCAGCAUCAGAUAAGCGGAUUGGUGUGGUCUCCAAAAUGCAAGGUGCAAGGAAGAUGAUGGAAAGGCAAGAGAAACUGACCAAGAAAAUAGCUAAAGAGGGAAAGGCGCCUAAAUUGAAAGACCAUGAAAUAUCCUUAGAAGCAGACCAGGAAUUGGUGGCCAAGGGAAAACAACUUGAGGUGUUACCGGAAAAAGAACGUGAGGUGUCAUGGGGGAAAGAACCCGAGGUGUCAUGGGGAAAAGAACGUAAGGUGUCAUGGGGAAAAGACCGUGAGGUGUCACGGGGAAAAGAACCUGAGGUGUCACGGGGAAAAGAACGUGAGGUGACCAAGGGAAAAGAACGUGAGGUGACCAAGGGGAAAGAACUUGAGGUGACCAAGGGGAAAGAACUUGAGGUGACCAAGGGAAAAGAACUAGAAGCAGCCAAGGGGAAAGAGCAUGAGGCACCCAAGGAAAAAGAACGAGAGGGAGCCAGGGCGAAAGAACGAGAGGCAACAGGUAAGAGAAGAGAGCGAGAGGGAGUGCCUGAAAGGAAGGAACGAGAGGUAGCCAGGAAGAAACCGGGGAAGGUGACUGACAAGAUCAGAGAGGGGAAAGUGAAAUUUCUUGAAGAGAAAGAGGAAGAGAGUGAGGUCAUGCGCUUGGAUAGCAGAAGUGUGCAAGGGGAAAAGCCCCUGGUUAAAGAGUCAGAAAGGGCGUUGUUGCAGAUGUCAGAAAGCACCCUAGCUGAGUUGCGGGCUGAAGCCAAAGAGAGAAUGAUGGCAGAAUUGAAAGAGCGAGCUCUGGUGGAAGCCCAAAAGGUAGCACUGGAAGAAAUGAAAGAGAGAGCGUUGGCAGAGGCAAGGGAUAUGGCUUUGGAGGAAGCAAGGAAUUGGGUCUUGCUCCAAGCACGAAAGAUGACCUUGGUGGAAGCAUGGGAGAAGGCACUGGAAGACGCACGAGAGAAGGCCAUGGGAGAAGUGAUGGAGAAGGCAUUGGCUGCGGCACGAGAGCAAGCACUGGCUGAGGUCCAAGAGAUGGGACUGACUGACGAGGCUGAAGCGGAGGCCACCCUGAAAGAAAUGGUCAGAGAACUGACUGAAAGCAUAGCCAGGGAAAUGGCUGAAGAAAGAGCCAUGGAAAUAGCCUUGACGACAUCCCUAGAGGUGGAUGAGGCAAGAGUUUUGGAACUGGCCGAGACAGAAAUGCUGGAAGUAGAUGAGGCACGGAUUUUGGAGCUUGCAGAGGCAAGGCUAAAGGAGCUAACUGAGGCAAGAACAAUGGAACUGGCGGAGGAAAAAGUAACAGAGCUCUCCGAAUCAACCAUAAUGGAGCUGAUCGAGGCAAAAAUGAUGGAGAUAGUUGAGGAAAAAAUGGAAGAAGUGGAGGCGGAGGAAGAAGAAAUGGCUGCCAGAAAGGCAUCAAUUGCUGGCGAAGAGGAAUUGAUCUCUGGCAAGAAAGGAUUAAUUUCUCACAGAGAGGGCUUAAUUUCUGGCAGAAAGAAAUUAAUUUCUGAUGAAGAGGAGGCAGACAUGUGGGAGGACUUAGAAGAGGAGGAUGUUUGGGCCCUUUCUGAGGACGAAACAGAGGCCUUAAUUACCGCAUAUGAGCACGAACUUGUUUCAGGUGCGGAGCUUGACUUUUCAGAGCGUGCUCAUUUGAUCCUGGACAUCUUGACUGAACCAGAUAAACUGGUGUGCAAAGGUCCUGAAGGCUUCCAGCGUCUCUGUCAAGUGGUGUCAUUGUUCCAGAUUUGUGCCACAACAGAUACCGAAGCACUGGAGGAGGCUUUGGUAGCGAAAGCUGAAGAAACCAUCCAGGAAGGUGAGAAGCAGCAGGCUUUUUUGCCCGAAGCACAUAUUUCUGUUUUGGAAGAGCUCAAAGAAACCGUACACGCAUAUCAGUUACUGACCGUCGAUCCAAGACAGUUUGCUAUCAACCUGAAUGGCCUUCUGAAUGCGGCCAAGACUGUGUUGCAGGCUAAAAAGUUGAAGGAGAAGCUGGAGAAACAGUUUUGGAGCAAACGUUGGAAGGAAAGCGCUGAGAGGACCUUGAAGAAGACAUUGGAGGCUGGUGAAGGCAAGGUGAGGGGGAAAAAGUUCUGGCUGAGCAAGAAACUGAAAGAUGCCAUUAGAAGGUGGAAACUGGAGCAGGAAAGGUCUCAGUGGGAGAAACUGAAGCAGCAGCGUAUGGAGAGACAUCUCAAAUUCAGAUCACAGCCUAUCAAGCUACAUGAGUCUGAGACGGAGAAAGCCAAAGAGAGAGAGAAUGAGAUGAGACAGAAGCAGAAGGCGGAGGAGGAGCAGCAGAAGAAGGCAGAACCUCCUAUUCGCCGAAAGCAAGUCCAGAUGACAUGGUCAAUGGUUGCGCAGCGUGAGAAGACCUGGAAGGUUGUUAUGCAGCUGGAGAAGCAGAUUCACCCCCCAGCGGAGGAACCACGCCAGCCCCCCACGCCGAAAGGGUAUCGGCUUCCCAAAAAUUCUCUGUACUUGACCACCAAGCUAACACCCAAACUUCAUCGGAGAAAUGUCCGGCGGGGUGCCCGGCAGCACAUUUUCCAUCUUGAUGAUGAUAAAGACAUUGACUGGGACAGGUUCACGUACCUCUAUCAGUCAGUUAUGUCCCUGAAAGCGAAAGAAGGUGGUGUUGACUCACAGGCUUGGCAACAGCAGGUGGGCAAGUUGCUGGACCUCUAUGCCACAAGCAACCCACUCAUCCGGACCAUGGUGCAGCAGCUAUUGAUGGGGGGCCGUCACCAGAGCCAAUAUGUUUUGGGCACCAGCUUAAAGAUGAGAAAGGGGAAAGCUGAGUUGGGCCAGCGGAUCCUCUGUGAAUUGGUCCAUCACUCAGCCAGGACCAAGCCUCCCAAGCCUCCCACCUUGCAUGGAAUCAUUCCACUCAACUACCAGAACAAUGUGCACCCCUUCAGGUUACGGGGGGUCACCCACUAUGGCACCCUAGCCUUCAUGUGGAAAGCCUAUAUGCCCAAGGGAAAGAUGCCCAAGCUGCACUUGAACGUGCAUGCAGACUCCACUCGAAAAAGCGUUAAUUUUGAUAAUCCUGUAUAA